AUGUCUACUUGGCCAUUAAGCACAUCAGAAACACAUAUUUGCCUUUCUUACGGAAAUCCUGGUGCAGCAUUAUAUUUACCUAAAGAUCAGAAUUCAAAAUGGAUAUUUGCCAAGAAUCAUAAAGAUAUUCCAUUGAAAGCAUUAGGUCAUAAUAUCGUAGAAUAUAAUGAAUUGCCGUUUUUUUCUGAAGAAUUUUUGAAUUUUCCAUCAAGAACUUUACAAGAAAAAUAUUUAAAAACAAAUUAUUCAGAUAUAUGGGUUCCAAGGGAUCUAUUAAGGCCAUAUAUUAAAGAAUCUGGAGAGAUUAUAUCAACAUAUAAUAUGCAUGAUGCUCUUCGUGGAAAUCUCCUUGCAGAAUGUCAAGUUUGGGAUCCGAAAAAUAGAAAUCUGUCACCAAAAAUGCUCUGCUUUGUCUCUGGAGAGAAUUCUACUGAAAUAUCACUAGCAACUAUAAAAAAUUACAAUACAACUGUUUAUUGUAAUAAUAAUACAGAAAAAAAACUGAAGAUUCCGAGAGUUUCUGAAGUUACAAAGUCCAUAUUUUCUUCAAAAACGCCUAUUAGACAAGUGUCUAAUAGUUCUAUCUACAAUGGGAAAUAUAUACUACUUAGAAACCAUACAUUCAGUGCCCUAAUUGAGUUAAUUUAUCAGCCUUUGAAACGCAUUUCUUUAAAGAAUGCUUCUAUUACUGCAGUUCCUUUAGUAAUAAUAGAAAAUUAUGAUACAGAAAAUUCUGAGCAUUCUGAUAUUAUUUUUGAUUUUUCUAAUAAAAACCAAUUAGUAGUAAUUAAUAAAAAAGGGAAUUGGAGUCUUUGGAAUAUUGAAGGGAGAUAUAGAACAAUUGAAAAAUCAUCUUCAAAUGUUUUAGAAGAUAUUGGACAAAAUGAUGGCUGGUGGAAAAUGGAUUGGGGAUCUUCUUCUAAAUCUAUAAUCGUUUCAGGACGCCGUAAAACAGGAUUAUUUGAUCUUAGAGAUCCUUCAAAACAACAUUUAUUAUAUUCUCUUUCAAACUCAGAUAAUAUUCUUGAUUUUUGGAAAACAUCACAAAAUUUAAGUGAUUUUUUUAUCCUUACUACUUCAGAAGUAUGUUGGUUGGACGAACGACAACCUGGAAAACCACUGUUAUCAUGGAAACAUUAUCGUAGUUAUGAUCCAUCAUUAAAAAUUAUUAUAGAUGAAUAUUUUGGGAAUUUUAAUUUAAUUCUUUAUUCUAAUAUAAAUCCGAUCAAAUCAUGCUAUCAGUUUUCAUUAAAAGGCAAUCUUCCUUUUUCAUCAAUUUUUCCCUAUGAACUGCAAAAUUCUCAAAACACAUCUAUAACGUCUAUUAUCUGUCCUUUAAAUGAAUCUACUAAUAAAUUCGAAAGUAAUAAUGAAUCAAAAAACGAUUCUCGAUUUGUAAAACUUUAUUCCUUAGGAUCAGAAAAAAAUAUUGUAUCACAAAUAUAUUACUACGCAGACAAUGAUACCGAGUAUACUUUUCAUGAUUAUAGAUUUUCACAAUCUAUUAUUAAAAAAAGUUAUAAAUAUAUUAAUAGCUCCUCAGAAAGUGAUGAUAAUACAAAAAAAGAAAUUGAAAAAAAAAUGUUUUAUGAUAAUGAUUUUAGGCUAAUUAAUUUUUCUAAAUUAUAUAAUGAGCUCGUUGAUGUAAAUAAUUUUAUUUUUAGAGAAAUCUUUUCAAAAAAUCAAAAUAAAGAAACAGAUAAGAUAAUAGAAAAUUAUGAAAUACUUACUUUGAGAGAUAUUUAUAUACCAUCAGAAAAAGCUAGUUUUGAUGAAAUUUUUUUAGAUUUAAAAAAUAUAUUUCAAACUUAUACAGAAAAAGGAUGGAAAAUAUAUUCUCUUAUUCCAAAAUCACAAAAGCUGUUAGGAUUUAUUGAUUUUGCUUCUGAAUCAGAUAGUUGGAAUUUCAAAAAUAUAUAUGAUACAUUAAUAAAACAUUGGUCAAAAAUAAGCAGUUCCAACAAUUCUUCCGAACAUGAUGAAAGAUAUAUUCAUGAAAUUUUUAAAAAUAUCUCAAUAGAGCUCGGUAUAUCAUCUAUAGGACUAAAACCACCCAAAUCAUUUAUGGAGUCAAAAAAUGAUUUAUUAGAUAUUUCUUUGCUUAAUAGUUCUUUUGAAAUAGACAAAAACAAUACAGAAUUAGAAAAUAUAUAUCCUCUUCUUGAUGAAUGGGAAGUUGGUGUUAACCCAGAUUUAUACAAAUUUCAAGCAAUUGAUAAAACAGUUGUUAACGACAAUAUAGCACUCUUUUAUGAACAGACUUCUUCUGCACCUCCAAGACUUACAUCAAAACCCCUAACAGUUGCAGAUAAACCACCUCAAAUGACAGAUAACAUAAAUGACCAUAAAUUUUUAUCUCAGCCAGUCAAAAAAAUCAAAAGCAAGCGUAAAGCAGGCUUUUAA